CCCCCUCCCCUCCCAUCUAUCAGCCCGUUUUCGUGUUGAUGGACUGCAAAGUGACAUUUUCCUUUAAGAUGAUGUAAGACUGUGCUUCACGGGUGGAUUUGUUUCCUCUCCUCCGUGUCACAGCUCGGAACAACGUUAUCUUAAAUCUUCAGCCGGUUUGGCUGCUUCCGCACUCAGCAGUUUGGAGAGACUGGUGCGCAAAGGAGUCCCGCUUCCUGCCUCCUCCUCCUCCUCAUCAUCAUCAUCAUCCUCCCAAUGAGCGCGUUUCAGCAUCCCAGCAGUCAGGAGGAGAGCGACAGGAUGCUCUCACAAUUUCUCUUCCAUUUCAUCCUGGAUUUAAGAAGGUUGAGUUAAGAUCCAGGUUUACUGAAACUUUUUAAAAUUGUAUUUUUGUUGUUGUUGUUGAAAGUUCGCUUUUAUUCACUUCCACGACCAAAUCGCAGUGGCUGCCUGUAACAUGAUACUGGUUAUGAUAAUCGAUGCUGGACUUUUACGCACGCACUUGAAGGAUGCACCGUAGACGUACAGUUGGGAUUGUUCUGUCAUAAAAUAAAAAGCGCUGGAUGCCAGCAGGACUGCGUCUGGAAUCGGGAACUCCGCUUUGGUGUCUGAGCGCCUCAUCUCCAUGCAGCUGCACCCCACACCCUGAACUUCUGGGACGUUUCGUGCGAGAGAGAGAUGGCACUGAUCGAAAACUGCAAAACGCAGCCCGCCAAAGACCAGGGCUCGGUGCAAAACCCUCCGUCGGACGUGGUUGAGCUGAACGUGGGUGGGCAGGUUUAUUAUACCCGUCACGCCACCUUGACGAGCUUCCCGAAUUCCUUACUUGGGAAGCUGUUUUCUAACAAGAAGGGGUCUUCAAAUGACUUGUCACGGGAUUUCAGAGGGCGGUAUUUUAUCGACAGAGAUGGAUUUUUGUUCCGGUACGUGUUGGAUUACCUCAGAGACAAGCAGGUUGUCCUCCCUGACCACUUUCCAGAGAGAGGGAGGCUGAAGAGAGAGGCCGAGUACUUCCAGCUGCCGGAACUGACCAAACUUCUGUCAGGCGACGAGCCGAAGCUGUUUCAGGAUGACAGUGACUGGGAUGAGGAGUCGCAGGGCAGCGAUCACAGGCUGUACCCGUCUUACUCCCUGGACAGGAGGUAUGGUUACAUUACUGUCGCCUUCAGAGGCAGAGAGUACCACGCUGACCCCAAGGCCAAAAAGUUACCCAGGAUCUUCAUCAGCAGCCGGAUUGGACUGGCCAAGGAGGUGUUUGGAGACGCCCUGAAUGAGAACAGGGAUCUGGACAGACCCCCGGACCGAUACACCUGCAGGUUUUACCUCAAGUUCAAGCACCUGGAGAGGGCUUUUGACAUGCUGUCAGAAAGUGGCUUUCACAUUGUGGCCUGCAACACCUCGCUGACUGCGUCCUCCACGGGUCAUUACGCGGACGACAGGGUCUGGUCCAACUAUACACAGUACAUCUUUUACCGCGGGCCAUCGCGGUGGUCGUCCUCUCACUGUGACUGCUGCUGCAAGAGCCACAAAAGUGAGCGCGAGGGCGAGAGCGGCACCUCCUUCAAUGACCUCUCCACGUCCUGCUCCGAGACCCAGUCGGAGGCCAGCACCCCACAGGGAACCGUGAUACACGCGCCCGUCAGCCGUCAGUCCAAAAUCCAGACCCUGGACCGACCUGUGCCCAAAGGCCCGGCCCUCAUGCUGCAGCAGCAGGCCGAGAUGCGCCGCAAGACGGACAUGCUGCGCGUGAGGACCUUCGGCGUGCGGGAGCGUGACGCCGCCAAGAGGAAAGCACACAAAGAGAAGAUGACUCCGGAGCAGGAGCUGCAGAAAUGCAUUCAGGACUUCCGGCGCAUUAGGAUUCCCGAUCACUUCCCGGAGAGGAAGUACAUGUGGCAAUCCGAGCUCCUAAGAAAGUACAGACUCUAAAAAAUGAGCGGGAAAGGGGGAAGUAAAGACAGCGAGAUGGUGCUAUAGUGUCAUAUCACCGCCAGUAAAGAGUAUUACAAAGCAUUAUCGAUGCACUGCGCACUCUGAGGCACAUAUUGUACCAGAGAAUAUGACUGUCCUGCCAGGAUGGAUUGCAAAGCACACA